CUUGGGACCUGAUACGAUGGAAACUGAAAGUGAGCAGAAUUCAAAUUCAGCCAGUGGCAGCUCAGGCUCUGGUGGAAGCACUCGCCCUCAGAUAUCGCAAAUGACACUCUAUGAGCGGCAGGCAGUGCAGGCCCUUCAAGCACUACAGCGACAACCCAAUGCAGCCCAAUACUUUCAUCAAUUUAUGCUUCAACAACAGCUCAACAGUGCUCAACUUCACAGCCUGGCUGCAGUCCAGCAGGCCACAAUUGCAGCCAGCAGACAGGCAGGCUCUCCAAACACAAGUUCCCCUCAGCAGACAGCCACCACACAGGCUUCAAUUAACCUGGCUACCACAUCAGCUGCACAGUUAAUCAGUCGCUCACAAAGUGUGAGUUCACCUGGUGCCACGACACUGACACAAUCAGUCCUUUUAGGGAACACCACUUCACCACCUCUUAACCAGUCACAAGCUCAAAUGUAUCUUCGGCCGCAGCUGGGGAACCUGUUGCAGGUAAACCGGACCUUGGGCCGCAAUGUACCUCUCACUUCCCAGCUCAUCUUGAUGCCAAAUGGGGCUGUAGCUGCUGUUCAGCAGGAAGCACCUUCCACUCAUGCUUCUGCGGUCCACACAGACACAGAUCAGGUGCAGAAUUUGGCUAUCAGGAGCCAGCAGACUUCAGCAGCUAAUACACAACUCCAAGCUUCUACACCAAAGGCUACUUUGCCAGGGAAUUCCCAGUCUUCAGUACUACCCCAAGCUGCCCAUGCUGGCCAGACCUUGACAGUAACACAAGCAUCUUCUGGCAAUGUAGGCCAGUCACUCAAUCUCAGCCAAGGUGCAACAGGAAGUAAUGGCAUUUCUGGAGGUGUGGCCUCAUCAGUAGGGAAUCAUGCUACCACUGGAUCAAACCAGUCAACUUCAUCUGGCCUGGCAUCUAACUGCCAAAGGAAAGGAACUGGCGUGGUUCAGCCUUUACCAGUACUUUCUGCUCCCCAGGCAGUAACUGUGAGUCAAGGAAGUCAGACAGAGGCAGACAGUGUGGCAGCAAAGAAGGCUGAAGGUGAUGGUAAUGGGCAACAGACUGUGGGCAUGAAUCUGACCAGGACAGCUACACCAGCUCCAAGCCAAACUUUGAUCAGUUCUGCCACGUAUACCCAAAUCCAGCCUCAUUCACUGAUCCAGCAACAGCAGCAAAUUCACCUCCAGAAGCAAGUGGUGAUCCAGCAACAAAUUGCUAUCCAUCACCAGCAGCCAUUCCAGCAUCGCCAGUCCCAACUCUUACACACUGCUACACACCUCCAGCUGGCCCAGCAGCAGCAAGCUCCACCUGUGACCCAACAGCAGCAGGGGCCAACACAGGUUUCACAACAGGCCCCAUCUCUUCAUGGCCAACAGCAAGCCCAAACUCUUGUUGUCCAGCCCAUUUUGCAGUCACAACCUCAGCCAGUGCAGGUCCAGCAGGACAGUCAUUGCCAGACAGUCACUAAGACCCCUGUCCCUAUUCAAUCAAAGCCUCCCAUAGCCCCUCUGAAACCCCCACAAAUUGGUGCUGCCAAAAUGUCAGCCUCCCAGCAGCCCCCACCUCAUAUACCAGUACAGCUGGUAGGAAAUCGUCAGCAAGGUUCAGCUCAGGCUCAGGCAUUAGGGCUUCCUCAGAUGAACCCAGCUGUGCAGCCCCCCCGGGGUAUGCCAGCUGUAGUGCAGCCAGUAUCCCAAACCCAUACAGCAUCCUCAUUAGCACAGAUCUCUUUCUCUUCUUCUUCCUCUUCUUCUUCGAUAUCAUCAUCUCCGCCACCACCUUCUCUACAAGAAGCCCUUCCUCCGGUCACUGCUGGAACCAAUGUGGCACAAGUACAGGGCACAGCGCAGGUGAAGAGCACUACUUCAUCUCCAAUCCUUACUCAAGCAGCAGCCACAGCAUAUUAUGUACAGCCGGUCCAGUUAUCAAGCAAGCCCCAGGCUUUGGCAGUCAAACGCAAGGCAGAAUCUGAAGAGGAAAGAGAGGAUUCUAGUACACCAUCUUUCCAAGCUGUCAGAUCCUCUCCUGUGGCUGAGACCCCCAAAAUCACAGAAGAUAAGAGUGGCCUUGGAGAGAAGUCUGACUCUUUCACCAGUGGUACUUUAAAUGCAUCCCCAAGUGACCCCAACUCUGCAAAUCCAACAAUUGCUUCUGUUCCUACACUGGCUGUGUUGUCACGUCAAACUGGAGAUUCCAAACCUCCACAAGCCAUUGUCAAGCCUCAGAUCCUUACACAUAUCAUAGAGGGCUUUGUCAUUCAAGAAGGGGCAGAGCCUUUCCCGGUGGGCUAUUCUCAGUUCCUUAAAGACUUUGAAAAGCCUCUUCAAGGGGCCACUCCUAGGCAGCCUGACAACCAACCCAGCAACUCUCCUGGAGAUGAAAGCUUAACAGUUGAUCAAGACAAGAAAGGAAACUUGCUGAAAUGUGAGUUCUGUGGCAAAUAUGGCCCUGCCAGUCAGUUCCGUGGUUCCAAGAGGUUCUGUUCUGUAACAUGUGCAAAGAGGUAUAAUGUGAGCUGCAGCCACCAACUACGUCUGCAAAGGAAAAAAAUAAAAGAGCUCCAAGAAGCAAACUAUGGUCGUCAUCGACGUGGACCCCGGCGCAACAGCUCUGACAUUGCUCGAGCCAAAAUCCAGGGCAAGCAUCACCAGGGCCAAGAAGAUUCAAGCAGAGGAUCUGAUAAUUCUAGUUACGAUGAAGCACUCUCCCCCACAUCACCAGGACCUCUUUCAGUGAGAUCUAGUCAUGGAGAGCGAGAUCUUGUCAAUUCGAGCAUGACUCAGCCCAUUUCUGACUUGCAUGGUAUCAAUCCAGUUUUCCUGUCCAGCAAUCCUACCUGCUGGAGUGUAGAGGAAGUAUAUGAGUUCAUUGCAUCCCUACAAGGCUGCCAGGAGAUUGCAGAGGAAUUUCGCUCCCAGGAAAUAGAUGGCCAGGCCCUGCUUCUGCUAAAAGAAGAACAUCUCAUGAGUGCCAUGAAUAUCAAAUUGGGUCCAGCUCUCAAAAUCUGUGCCAAAAUCAACAUUCUCAAAGAGACCUAACACUGGAAUGCAUUUUUUUCUUUCCAGCUGGAAUGAAUACACUAAAUGGAAGAAAUUUUUCUCUUGCAAACCUGUGUCAUGAUGAUACUUGGGGGAGGAACAACUCCCUUGGAGGGCUUGAAACAUGUUGUCAAAAACAUAGAAUAUCUUCUGCUCUGCUAUGAAUUCUUCCUGAGGGAAAAAGGCAAAUAAAAAUUCUGUGCUGCAGCUGCUGUGAAUCCUGCCUGUCAAGUUGCUGGAUUCUCAUAUUUCUUUCCCUAUAGAAAUCGUUCUUUCUACAUUAUUUCAAUUUUCAUGGGACCAAUUGGUACUGAAUCUUUUCUCUUGCUAAAGGCUUCUUUUUGGAACAGUAAAGAACUAAGUUUUAAAUGACAUCUUUUCUAAUUGAAGUAUUGAUUGAAGGUAAGUAGUACAGUGACUUCAUACAGAAUACUAGAGGGAACGUUAAUUGAACAUUAAAGACUGGAGCUGGCCCAGGUCUAAUGGGAUACUCCAGAAGACAUUACUUCUGAUAAUACCAUCAGAGGGUUUAAAGAUUUUUAAUUCCAUUUGUGUCUCUUGUGGGGUUUGGAGAAAAAUUACUCAAGAGCCAAAGGAGAAUCCAACUCUAUUGAAAUUCCAAGUGUUCCAUCCUGCUUUUAAAAAAAAUGUCUUCUUUGGUUUUGUAUCUUACCCUUUUCCUUAUGAGAGAUCAUAUGGGACAAACUUUCUGCUAUCAGGUUUGUAUCUUCUGUCCAAAGCCUGUUUAUUUUUGUUUAUUAAGCAAAUUAUUCAGUAAAAGGAAUGCUUCAUAUAUAACAUUGCAAU